CCAAACCACUGUCAAACCUAAAGCUCACAUUCUUCUUCUUUCUCCACUUAGUCUACUCUCUCUCUCUCUCCACUCCUUCAUCAAUCUCUCUCCACUCUCUCCCUUCAUGUCGGAAGAUUUCACAGAUUUCAUCUACCGGCCACCAUUUCAAGAUGAUCAUCGCCGCACCACCGCCUUCACAAACUCCGGCAGCCAUUCCUCCGCCUUCGACGAUCAUUCCUCACUACUCAUCAACAACAAUAUGGAAAUGUUCGAUCCUACCUUUGCUGAAUUUCUUCACGGAUCAAACGAUCACACCUCAUUCUCCACCGCCGUAGACGAUCAGCGGAUACCGGCGCCAGCCACGCCGAACUCCUCGAUUUCGUCGUCAUCGGCCGAGGCGGCCGCGGGCGAUGAAGAGUCGAAUAAGGGUAAGAAGGAAGCGAAGGAAACCCUUGAAGAUGAAAGCCCCAAGAAAGACUCGAAGGCGAAGAAGAAAGGAGAGAAGAAGCAAAGGCAGCCAAGAUUUGCUUUCAUGACCAAGAGUGAAGUUGAUCAUCUAGAAGAUGGGUAUAGAUGGAGAAAAUAUGGACAAAAGGCUGUCAAAAAUAGCCCUUAUCCAAGAAGCUACUACCGGUGCACGACACAGAAAUGCCCAGUGAAGAAACGCGUGGAGAGAUCCUACGAAGACCCUUCAAUCGUCAUCACAACUUACGAAGGGCAACACAACCACCAUGUGCCGGCGACCCUCCGUGGAAAUGCGGCUGCAUUGUUUGCCCCCUCAAUGAUGGCUCCGCCGUUGAUCCCAUUGGAAGGCCAAGGCUACCCUCAAGAGUUCUUGCUUCAAGUGCCUCACCUAUACGGCGGCGGCAGCAACAAUAUGUUUCAUCAACAGAAUUUUAGUAGCCUGUAUCAGCAGCAACAACUCCACCAGUUUGUUGACUAUGGACUACUGCAAGAUAUAAUUCCUCCAGUUUACCCUAAAGAGGAGACAUGAGAGAGAUCUUGAAACUUAGCUUUUGCUAGAGAGGGUUUCUUUGUUUAUUUAUAUAAUGAUGUAUAUUUAUUUUACUGACUAUAAGAAUAUCGAUCGGCGGUAUGCAUAUAGACAUGACUAGUGUAGUAUUAUCUUUCUUCUUCAUCUUCUGUCUCAUUUUGAAUAAUAGCUAAUGUAAUAGUAGUAUUACAUUUUGAUGUGCAUGAAUUUACAUUUUCAAAGCUA